AUUGUUCUCUUUUGGCCACAGUCCCUGCUUUGUACAGCCAUCGCAACAUUCUCCAAUCAAAUGGCUCUAUUAACAAUAUUGAGUAUUCUUUAAAUAAGAAAACUGACGACUCGACUUUUCGAUAUAAUAAGGACCUUUUUUUAAUAUUCCCUUACAGGCAAAGCGCUGGGCACCACAUUUCCGGUUCACAAGCAGUGUUGCCAAGGAGACAUCCGCUUUGACGCUAGCAUAACAUAGCUCUUAUGCUAAGGCGACACACAGACGACGACAAAGUGUCAUGGCAGAGCUGCACAUUAUAGGCCAGCUAGUUGGAGCUACAGGAUUCCCUGACAGCAGCCUGUUUUGCAAAUGGGGUGUCCACACCGGAGGAGCAUGGCGACUUCUCUCCGGUUUGAAGCACGGACAGACCCAGGUGGAUAACCCCCAAACGGGAGACAUGGCAUACUGGUGCCACCCCAUUGACUUGCAUUACGCCACCAAAGGACUCCAAGGCUGGCCCAAGCUUCACCUCCAGGUGUGGCACCAGGACUCAUUUGGCCGGUGCCAGCUGUACGGUUACGGUUACUGCUACGUCCCCUCCAGCCCCGGACACCAUCGGAUAAGUUGCGGAACUUGGAGGCCACUCGGCUCUUGGCAGGAGCAGUUAUCGCAAAUGUUUGUCGGUGGUGGACCGCAGCUCAAGAGCCCAGAUCUUAUUUACAGCGGAGCGGAUCGUUACAGGCUGUACACUGAGGCAAUGGGGACCGUGGAGUUGGAGCUCGGCAUCAUCAUGAGACACUUUGACAAAUAUGGCGUCGAGAAUUGACGUUUACGUGUUAUGUUCUACGUGGACGCUUUUGACCAAAUCUACAUUUUUAUGUACUCUUUACUUGCGAGUUUAUUCAAUGUAGUACAAAUAAAACUGCAUUUGUCCCUCUAUAUCAAAUAGAAGUGUAAGUGCAAAUCGCUUUGCUUUUAAAUAGGGUUGGACAAUAUGGACCUUAGCAUAUACUGCAAUAUGUUUGGGAUGCAUCACAAUAUGAAGAUAUCCAAUUUUAAUUCAACAGAGCCUUGUAUAAAAAGCUACAUACCUUAACCAAUAUAAUGAAAUACACUCAAAUUGGAAAGCACAUGUAUUUAUUGGAAACUGUCUCUGCACACAUACUACUAAAUCUUCCUACAAACUGUAAUACCUGUGCUUGUAAUUGAGGACGUAG